UAUUCUCCCUCCCUCCCUCCCUCUCCCUUUCCCUCUUAAUUUUCUUGUCUCUAACAAUUAAUCAAUUUUUUAACCCUCCAUGAAGCUUCAUUCCAUGGAGCUUCCUUUUCCCAAGAACCAAAAAAUCCAAAGAACUCCAAAAAUAGUUCUCCUCACAACCUUUACCCUAGUUCUUCUUUCCAUCAUUUCUCUAAAUUUCCCUCUACCAAAAAACUUUUCUUUUUCACCUAAAUCUUCUCCUUCCUCCUUCAAUAACAUUUCUCCAUCCAACGAUAACAUUCACAACGAUCAUCGUCCCGAUAAUGAUGACCAGAAAUCUAUACAUGAUCAAAUCAAAGACUUUCUUAGCGCUCAUAAAUCUUGCGAUAUAUUUUCCGGAGAAUGGGUGCCGAACCCUGAAGCGCCGUAUUACACGAACACGACGUGUUGGGCGAUACAUGAGCACCAGAACUGCAUGAAAUAUGGACGGCCGGAUAGUGAGUUCAUGAAAUGGAAAUGGAAACCGGAUGGCUGUGAUCUUCCUGUUUUUAAUCCUGGUCAGUUCCUGGAAAUCAUGAGAGGAAAAUCUCUUGCUUUUGUUGGAGACUCUGUGGGUAGAAAUCAAAUGCAGUCAUUGAUUUGCCUCAUUUCUAGGAUUGUAUAUCCUGAAGAUGUUUCAUACACAUCAGAUGAAAGAUUCAAACGUUGGUUGUACAAAUCCCACAACUUCACUUUAGCCACAUUUUUUACACCCCAUUUGGUGAGGUCCAAGCAAGCAGACGCCAAUGGCCCAACUAACACAGGCAUCUUCAACCUCUACCUGGACGAAUACGAUGAAGAAUGGACAACCCAAAUCGACGAUUUUGACUAUGUCAUCCUCUCCGCAGGCCACUGGUUCUUCCGUUCCUUGGUCUUCUAUGAAAACAGCCAACUCGUCGGCUGCCGCUACUGCCUCCUGGAAAAUGUCACAGACAUGCCAAUGUACUAUGGAUACAGAAAGGCCUUCAGGACGGCCUUUAAGGCCAUUAAUAGCUUGAAAAAUUACAAGGGAAUAACAUAUCUCAGGACUUUUGCACCAUCACAUUUCGAGAAUGGACUCUGGAAUGAAGGAGGGAAUUGUUUGAGAACAAGGCCAUUCCGGAGCAAUGAGACGAGAUUGGAAGAUACGAACCUGGAGCUCUACAUGAUCCAAUUGGAGGAGCUCAAAAUUGCUGAGAGAGAAGGGAGGAAAAGUGGGAAAAAAUUUAGAUUACUUGACACAACACAAGCUACAUUACUGAGACCUGAUGGUCAUCCUAGUAGAUAUGGGCACUGGCCUCAUGAAAAUGUGACAUUGUACAAUGACUGUGUGCACUGGUGCCUGCCCGGACCGAUCGACACGUGGAACGAUUUCUUGCUGGAGAUGCUGAAGAUGGAGGGUAUUAAAUCAUAUGAGGAGAAGCUUUACCCUGCAGAAGACAGAAAAAUGAAGUUUAGAUAGAGUCGAUUCAAGUUCUUUUCAUUAUUAUUAUUUUUUUCUUUUUGUUUUUCAGGUCAUUUUCAUGUGCUUUUAGAGUUGUGUAUUUGUGUCUAAAAUUUGAUCUAAGAAGUACUUUAAAUUAUUUGAUA